AUGAACAUCUUUGCUAACUUGCCGCCGAAUCUUGACGUUUCUCCUAUCUCGCACGUGCGUAACACUCUCAAGGAGCUUAUCAAGGCUGCUGAGGACAAGCGCCGAAACUUCAACGAGACCGUCGAGCUCCAGAUCGGCCUUAAGAACUACGACCCCCAGCGUGACAAGCGUUUCUCGGGUACCGUCAAGCUUCCCCAUGUUCCCCGACCCCGUAUGAGCAUGUGCAUUCUUGCCGACGCCGCCGAUGUCGACCGUGCCAAGCUCAUCGACCUCGAGUUCAUGACCGUUGAGGACUUGAAGAAGCUCAAUAAGAACAAGAAGCUCGUCAAGAAGCUCGCCAAGAAGUACGACGCUUUCCUUGCUUCCGAGGCUCUUAUCAAGCAGAUCCCUCGUCUCUUGGGCCCCGGUCUCUCCAAGGCCGGCAAGUUCCCCACCCCUGUCUCGCACGGCGAGGACCUCGAGAAGAAGGUUACCGAGGUCAAGAGCACCAUCAAGUUCCAGCUUAAGAAAGUUCUCUGCCUCGGUGUCGCCGUCGGCCACGUCCAGAUGUCUGAUGACCAGCUCCUCGCCAACGUCAUGCUUGCCAUCAACUUCCUCAUUUCGCUUCUUAAGAAGCAGUGGCAAAACAUCAAGUCGCUCCACGUCAAGUCCACCAUGGGCAAGGUCUACCGUCUCUUCUAA